AUGCAUCAUCUGAAUCGUCAAACAGAUUGCGGCGCAUCUAUGUACACCGACGCCUCCGUCAAAGACGGUCUCAAAGCCCGUCUACCACCCAAUCUCCAUGGCGAAGUCGACAGUAUGGACUUCCAUGGCAUCACUGACGUCCGCGACGACAUGGACGUCCUGAAAGCCGAUCCGUUCGUGCCGCCGAAGCUGAAGGAGAAUGCGUACGGAUUCGUAUUCGAUAUUAAGACGGGCUUGAUGACGCCUGUUCAGGGGUGA